AUGCAGUCCGAUGAUCUCUUCCUCCGCAAAAUGCGGGGUCCCUUAGCCCGGCCGCCCCCCGCCCCCCCCGUGGCGCUUGGUGGGGGGGUCCCCUCUCCUCCCCCCUCCCCAGGGGGCUCCGCCGCCCCCCCCCGGCAGCGCAGCAGCAGCGAGGCGACCCCGGGGAGACCCCCGGAGGAUGGGGGGGGGUCCCCGGUGUCGGUGCCCCCCCGCAGCCGCACCCAAAGCCACGAGGAGGCCGCGGGAGUGGGGGGGGGCAGCCCCACGUCCCCCCGAUUCCACGACCCUCUGCUGCUGCUGGGGCUGGCGGGGGGGGGGGACCCCGAUUUCUUCCCCCGCCCACCCUGGAGCCCCCUGCUCGCCCAUUACGACGUUCAGAGCAUCCUGUUCGAUCCCAACGAGCCCCCCCCGGGCCCCCCCAGCCUGAUCUCGGGCGCUUCGGCCGCACACCUGGAGCCCGAGGAGCCGCCCGGCUCCCCCCGCGCCGCCCCCGGGGCGCUGGUGCUGAGCUGCCCCCGCUUCUGCUGCGAGACGGGGGGGGAGCAGCAGGAGCCGGGCUUGGGACCCCCCCGGGACCCCCCCGGGCCGGGGCAGCUGCCGAAUGCGGCGGUGGCCGUGCUGGAGGAGCCCCCGGCGGGGGCGAGACCCCCGCACCCCAUCGAGCACAGCGAUGAGGGCGCCGAGUAUUACCGCAAGUACUUCUAUGGGAAAGAGCACCACAACCUGCUGGGCGAGGACCCCCGGCUGGGGCCCGUGGCCGUGUCCCUGCGGAGGGAGGAGAAGGAGGGGGCGCCGCCGCAGGUGCUGCACAGAAUCAUCCUGCGCACCUGCCAGCUGCGGACGCUGAGGGGGUCGGUGCUGGAGGAGGCGCUGCCCCCCGGCUGCCGCCCCCCCGGGGCACGGGCGGUGCCCCCGCGGAAGCUUCUGGAAGUUCUGCUGCCCGGGCUGGCCGUGGGGGGGCUGCGGCUUGCCCCCUCCCCCGCCGUGCAGGAGACCCUCCUCAAAUUGGACGAGCAGGGGGUGAGCCGCCAGCGCAAGGUGGGCGUGCUGUACUGCCGGGCGGGGCAGGGCUCCGAGGAGCAGAUGUACAACAACGAGGGCGCCGGGCCGGCCUUCGAGCAGUUCCUGACCCUGCUGGGCACCCGCGUGAGGCUGAGGGGCUUCGGCGGCUACCGGGCCCAGCUGGACACCCGCACCGACUCCACGGGCACGCACUCGCUCUACACCACCUACCACGGCUACGAGGUGAUGUUCCACGUCAGCACCAUGCUGCCCUUCACCCCCCGAAACCCACAGCAGCUGCUCCGCAAGCGCCACAUCGGCAACGACAUCGUGACCAUCGUGUUCCAGGAGCCGGGCGCGCUCCCGUUCUCGCCGCGCGCGCUCCGCAGCCACUUCCAGCACGUGUUCCUGGUGGUGCGCGUGCACGAGCCCGGCACCCCCCGCACCGCCUACAGCGUGGCCGUGGUCCGUCCCGAUGACACCCCCGCCUUCGGGCCCCCCCUGGCCGAGGGGCAGCGCUUUUUGGGGGGCUCGGGGCUGCGCCCCUUCCUGCUGGCCAAAGCCAUCAACGGCGAGAACGCGGCGGCGCGGGGGGGGCGCCUGGGGGCCAUGGCCGCCCGCACCCGCCGCCAGUACCUGCAGGAGCUGCUGCGCGCCCACGCCGGGGGUUCCCCGCUCCCCGCGACCCCCAAGGGGCUCCCCACGCUCGGGGGGCUCCGCCGGGGCGGCUCCGCUUCGGGAAACGCGGACAUAUCGCUGGGGGGCGUGGCGGGGGCCUUGGUGUGGGGGGCUCGCGUUGAAAUGGGCGGGGGUCCCGAGCUGCCCUGCCUGCUCGGAGUGGCCGCCGAACGCAUCGUGGUGGUCGCGGCGCCCCCCGCCCCCCACCAGACCCUCUCUGAUCGUUGUGGGGUGAACUCAGAGCAGCCCCCUCCUCAAAAUAACGAUGGGAUGGGGGAGGAGACCCCCCCCGGGCAAAAAUGUGAGUCGGGGGUCGCCCCCCCGAGCCCCCUGUUCAGCUGCGCCUGCCGGGACGUGCUGGGCUGGGGAUUCAGCGAGGGGCGCCUGGAGAUCUUCCACGGCCGCGGGGAGUGGGUCGGGCUGAGGCUGCCCCGGGGCAGCGCCGCGCAGGUGGUGGCCAGGCUGCAGGCUGUGACCCGCGGCUGCGAGGCUCAGCAGCUGUCGCUGCCGAGGGAGGCCGGGGGUCGCCGCGGGUUCCGCGUGGACCCUCUGGGGGUGGUCUCGGCCGUCACUCGCUUCUCGUUCGCCGAGACCGCGGGGCUGCGGCCGGGGGCGCGGCUGCUGCGCGUGGGGCGGCGCCCCCUCCCCCGGGGAGACCCCCGCAAGCUCCGGGAGCUGCUCAGGAGACCCUCGGGACCCCUGACCCUGCUGCCCCCCGACCGCGACGGGCGGCCCCGGCUGAGUUUCUCGGAGCUCUACGCUCUGUCCCUGGAGCAGGGCCGGGGCUCGGGGGGGGACCCCGGCCCUGGGGACCCCCCCGGGGACAUCGGGGACAGCGACAGCGACUCGGGGGGGGCGGGCAGCGACGGGGGGCCCGGGGGGGCUCCGGCCCCACCCCCUGCGGCUCCCGCUGUGCUCUCGGGCUCCGGGGACCCCCAGGAUGAGGAGUGGGACCUGAUCGGGGGCCUGGCCACGGCCUGCAGCGGGCUCCUGGAGGCCAUCGCCCGCGGGGGGCACCAACUCCGGGAGCUCCCCCAGCCCAGCCCGAGCCCGGCAGCGCCCGAGGAUGAGUACGGAGAGAUUGGGGGGCACGGGGGAUUUGGGGGUCCGGGGAUUUGGGGGCCCAUGGGGGGGGGCGCACCGCGCACCGCCGGGCCCAGGGGAUCUUGGGAGAAGGUUUGGGGGCCCAUGGAGGCUCCUGACGCCGCCGGAGGUCAGGACCCUCAGCAGCGGCUCCAGCGGCUGCUGCGACCCCCGGGACCCCCGAGAGCCCCCCAUGAACCCCCCGGGACCCCCUGA